AUGACACGACGUCUCGAUGACGGCACAACGACAUACGACCCGUUUACAGGCGUCCUCCCCGUCCUCCCGCCCGAUGCACAGCUUCCGGACAAGAACCCGCGCAGCAACGCCGCAACCGCAGCAUCGGCCGCCGGCGUGCGCGCCUUGAGCGCCCAGGCCAUCGCCUUCUACUUCCGCGCUCCCGUCAAGGCCUUCUUCCGCACCCGCGUCGACUACCUCGCCUACGCGCGCAGCGUGCACCAGGCCCAGAUCGAGCUGCUUGCCCAGGCCGCUGCGAAAGAGCCCUCGACCAAGCUGAAAGCGACGCUGAACCAGGCAUGGUUCUACCUGCGGGGCACGACGCCAGGUGUGCUCACUUCUGCGGUGAAGCAGCAUGGCUGGGGCGUGCUCCCGAACCAGGUCUUGCCGCCGCUCAUCGCAAAUGUUGGCGUCGGAGCUGUGCUAUACACCAGCUACCUCACCAUCCUUGGCAGCCUGCAUGAAGAGAGCGGUAGAGCGACGAAGACAGUCUACCCACCACCACACCCGACGCAAACUUUCACCGCGGGACUUCUCGCCGGAAGCCUCCAGAGUUUCAUCGCAGCACCGUUGGACGCCAUCCAGGCACGGUAUGAUCACCGCGACCUCAUGCCAACAGAGGGCGGGAAACCCAGGAGCAUGUGGGCCUUUAGUGCCGAGAAGCUGAGGGAGAUUGGUGUGCGUGGCAUCUUUGCAGGAUGGGGCCUGUCUCUCAUGAAGGACAGUUUCGGUGCUGCUGUGUUCUUCAGCGUUUUCGAAUAUGUCAAGGCUCAAGGAUACUACCGUUUCGUCUCAUGGUACUAUGGCGGACUCGAAGAGCACAUUGUCGACUUCAUGGCCCAAAAACGGCCGGUAAAGAAUGGCAACCCAGAGGAAGAGAACAAGCAGCCUCUUAUUAUCCGACCGCACUACGCCAUAGAGCCUAUCUUCUUGCUCCUGGGAGGACUCAGCGCAUCCUUUGCCCAACAAGUUGUUCUUCAUCCCUUGACUCACGUGCAAGUGGAGCACUGGGAUCGCCUCGAAGAAUUGGACGCCAAGGCAGCGAAACUGAAGGAGACCAAGGGAACCGAUCCAUCACAGCGAAGGGACGGAUGGAGGAUGGCGAGAGCCUACUAUCGGGCUUACAAAGAGACCUGGUCAGAAUGCUGCGCAGAGGCCGCAAAGGAAGGAUUGGGAGUGAGGAAAUGGCUAUGGCGCGGGUUCUGGUGGAACACCAUCCGCCAAGUCCCCAGCACAAGCGCUGGGUUGAUCAUCUUUGAACUGGUACGACGGAAGUACGGUCUCGGCAGCGAAGAAGUUCGCAUUAUGGGAGACGGGUACGAUAUCUUACUAAACUAG